UUUUUCCGUGCCUUGGCUGUGUGCCACUCGGUCUUGGCAGAUAAGCCUGAGCCACAGGAGCGCCCUUAUCACUUGGAGUAUAAGGCUGAGUCUCCAGAUGAGGCGGCGUUGGUUGCUGCUGCGCAGGAUGUUGGCUUUCCUUUUGUGGGCAAGCAGAGGGACACAAUUGACAUUGAAGUGCUUGGCCAACCUGAACAGUUCACGCAUAUGAAGACACUCGAGUUCUCUGGCGCACGUAAGCGCAUGAGCGUCAUCGUCCGUGCAUCAGAUGGACGCCUCAUCUUAUACUGCAAAGGAGCGGACAGCAUCAUAUACGAAUGGCUUGCCGAGGAUGUGGACCCUGCUUUGAAGGAGAAGACGACCAAGGACAUGGACUUUUUCGCUAAUGGUGGUUUGCGCACGCUCUGCAUUGGUUAUAGAGUGCUCGAGGAAGACGAGUUCUUGAGGUGGGUGCAGACGUAUGAAGAUGCUCAAUCGGCUAUCGACAACACCACCACCACCACCAAUGACCACCUCGCUGCAUCCAAUGCCACCAGCGCCAUGCGCAAACGCCCAACGCACGCCAGCAAGUGCUGA